GCGUUUUCGUGCGGGUUUGCGGAACGGGCCGUUGCGGUGAAUGCGUGAGUGAGGUCCUAACAAUCGUCCCCCUUUUUGGGGACGGAGAGCACGGCGCGGAGGAGAAGCAGCCGGAGAAGGGUGAUGUGCCAUCAGCCACUGGGGGGCAUCUGUCCUCGCUGCCACCCCUUCAUCCUGUAAAGCUUUUGGGACAGGAGUGCGGGUGCCCCUUCCCAACACUGCAGCCCCACUGGAGUCACCCGUGCCAAAGCUAGGUUGCGUGAAAGCAGCGGAGAUGGGCAGCCCGGGCAGCCCCGGCAGCCCGGGCAGCGAGGUGGGUCUAAACGACCCGGUGGAGCCCACUUCAGAAGCCCUGUGUCCCGAGUGUGGGCAGAUCCACCGCAGCUGGGAGAACCACCUCUACAACUACCGCCUGGAGGUGGACGACGACCUGGUGUGCCACAUCUGCCUGCAGCCGCUCGUUCAGCCCCUGGACACGCCCUGCGGACACACCUUCUGCGCCCGCUGCCUGAGGAGCUUCCUGAAGGAGAGGGACUUCUGCCCGCUGGACCGCACGAGGCUGCAGCUGCCGGCCUGCCGCAGGUCCAGCAUCCUGGUGCAUAAGCUGCUAGACAAGCUGUCCGUCUCCUGCCCUUUGACCCCCCUCUGCUCCCUCAGCAUGCCGCGGUGCGACUUGGAGGCUCAUCUCAAACACAGGUGUCCCGGGACGAGGAGUCAGCAGACGAGCGAGGACGUCCCGCGGUGUGAGAGCGGGGAUGAGCGCGUGACGGUGACCAGCCCCCCCAGGUCGCCCCGCUCCCCACAGACCGUGCUGAGGGACCGCACGCCCACGCCGCCCUCCGGGUCUGAUAACACCGCCGUCACUGGGUCCGUGUGGACGGACGACGCCGGCUUCGACAACCCCGCCUUUGAGGAGAGCACGGAGGAAGAAAGUGUGGUAGGGAUGGAGUGUGUGGUCCCCAGGGUGAAGCGGCCCCUCAGUAACCCCUGCAUCCACCUCCUGCGAUCAGUCAGCUCCACCUCCUCCGGCUGGGACUGCGCUGAGUCUCCGCCCCUUUCUGCUGAAGAAGGCUGUGUGAAGUUGCCUUCGCUUCCCGAAGGAGAGAUAACUUCCAUCGAGGUCCACCGGGCGAACCCGUACGUGGAGCUGGGCAUCAGCGUGGUGGGGGGGAACGAGACGCCGCUCAUCAACGUCGUGAUCCAGGAAGUGUACAGAGACGGAGUCAUCGCACGGGACGGGAGGCUGCUGGCCGGGGAUCAGAUCCUGCAGGUGAACAAUGUGGACAUCAGUAAUGUCCCCCACAGUUUCGCCCGCUCCACCCUGGCGCGUCCCUGCACCACCUUGCAGCUGACGGUGCUGAGGGAGCGGCGCUGUUCCUCCAGGGCGCCUCCCUCCUCUUCCUCCUCCUCCACCCCCGCUGUGCCCCACGCCCCCUGCUCCACGCCCGAGGGCGCCCCCUCCAGCCCGGCCACCCUGAGGAUCACCCUGAACAAGAGGGAUUCCGCGGAGCAGCUGGGCAUCAAGCUGGUGCGGCGGACGGAUGAAUCCGGAGUGUUUGUGCUGGAUCUGCUGGACGGAGGCCUGGCGGCGAAGGACGGCCGGCUGAGGAGCAACGACCGGGUGCUGGCGGUCAACGAGCAGGACCUCCGGCACGGCACCCCGGAGCAGGCGGCACAGAUCAUACAGGCCAGCGGAGAGCGAGUCCACCUCACGAUUUGCCGACCCGCCAAACCGGCUUCUCCUUCACCGCCUAAAUCCGGCUCCACCCGAGACCUCUACUGCCUUGAUCACUUCCUGCCUAACCACAGCUGCACCCCGAGCCCUGUGCCCGCCACCCUCUCCCGCUCCAGCACCCACAGAGACCUCUCCCAGUGUGUGACCUGUAAGGAGAAACACAUCACGGUGAAGAAGGAGCCCCUGGAGUCUCUGGGUAUGACGGUGGCUGGAGGGCGGGGCAGUAAGAGCGGGGAGCUGCCCAUCUUUGUGACCAGCGUCCAACCACAUGGCUGCCUGGCGAGGGACGGGCGAAUCAAACGAGGUGACGUGCUGCUGAGCAUCAACGGGCAGGACUUGACGUACCUGAGCCACAGCGAGGCGGUGGGCACCCUGAAGGCGAGCGCCGCCUCGCCCUCCGUCCAGCUGCGGGUGCUGGAGGUCAGCAUGGUGGUGGAGGAGCAGGACCGCGACGAGCUGCUGCCCCAUACACACGACAGCGACUUCGAUGCUAACUGGUCUCCAUCGUGGGUCAUGUGGCUCGGACUACCCAGCCUCCUGCACAGCAGUCAUGAGAUCGUCCUGCGGAGGAGCCACCCGGGCAGCUGGGGCUUCAGCAUCGUGGGGGGAUACGAGGAAACCCACGGCAACCAGGCGUUCUUCAUCAAGACCAUCGUCCUCGGAACACCUGCGUACUACGACGGCCGCCUUAAGUGUGGAGACAUGAUCGUGGCAGUGAACGGCCUGUCCACAGCAGGGAUGAGCCACUCUGCGCUGGUGCCCAUGCUGAAGGAGCAGCGCAGCCGUGUGGCGCUCACUGUGGUCUCCUGGCCCGGCAGCCUGGUGUAGUCGCGGCCAAAACCACACAGAAUGUUUCUAUAUUGGGAACGACCUUGGCCAAAGUGAACUGGUACACACUACUGUACAUCCCUCCAUACCGGGCUUAACCAGGACCAAAAGCAUCCAGAACUGUAGUAGACCCAGCAGGACCAGGUGGGAACUGAUCCAGACCGUGCCAUGUCACCUGACAGACUCUCACACACUGCUGUGCUCAUAUGGUCAUGUUGUUAUCACUCCUGCAGGGGGGACAUGGUACUGCAGGCUCUGUGUUCACCUCACCAGGCAGUCGCUGUAUUCAGGUGGAUGCAUGGUAGACAUAUUAAAGUAAAAUUAGCCAUGACCCUCCAUCAUCUAGGAUAAUGACUUGUAAUCAUGAUGCUCUGCAGCACCAUCCAGCUGAAUAAGCCUCGGGCCUUAUUAGAAAACCUGCCGCACCCUGGGGGGGAGGGGCUCGACUGCCCUUAGGCCUAAUCACCAUGACAACCAGCUGUCCCAUCAGCCGGAGUUUUAUACAUGUGUGUGAAUGUGUAUACCGUUUGUUUAAUAAACAUUUCCUUCGAAGGAUUAAUGGCU